CAGCGUAUGAAUGUAUCGGUAGACGACGGUGACGGUGGGUCCCAGCUGCGUCUCAACUUUCCUUCAUUGCCGCCGCCAGGAAUCGUGGGGAUAGAGGAACUAUGGAUCUGGGGGAGGGCAUGAACAAGGAGUGCUACAUCUCAUUGCAAUCAGCGGGGAGCGGAGUAACUUUCACAGAACUCCUUACCAUGGUUGCUACUGAAGCAGAGCAGUCUAAGUUGACCGUUGACCGCCACGCUCAAGUAAACGAACAGAUGGUUGUUGGAUCUGCAGAGGAAAAUGAAACUGAAAAGUGCAUUGACAGUAGUGCAAAUCGAGCUGAAGGUAACAUUGAGGAAGGAUUUUUGGAUACAAAUCUGGAAUUUAGUACGGAAGACAUUAACACAGCCAGGAGCUGCUUUCGAUAGAAGGGAGGGUAAUUUUGGUUCAAAAUUACCGGACGAAUCCAUAGGAACUAGCUGUUUCGUUGAUAGUUCAGUUAACUUUGGGGGUAGUAACUGCUCCGACGGUAUUUCUAAGGCUUCAUUCUCGAGAACAAUUUCCAAUUACCAGCUGGAGGAAGAAUGUGGGGCAACGGAUGUGACAUCGCAAGUAAGGGAAUUUAAUGGUGGUCUAAUAGAAGAGUCAAUGAGGAAAUACUGUGAAGAUAAAAAAAGCGUCAUGUUCGAACCUGAGGUUGGAAUGCAGUUUUCAUUUACAGAAGAAGCAUUCCAGUUCUACAACAUGUACUCCUGGGUGUUAGGGUUCAUCAUCAGAUUAGGUGAUAACUACACAACAAAGACAAAGCAAAGGACAAUGCAAGAAUACCUUUGCCAGCGACAGGGUAAUGGUGAUGAGACAAAAAAUUCGACAACGAGGUGUGGUUGCAAAGCAAUGAUGAGGGUGGCAACAAAUGAUAGCUGUAAGUAGUAUGUGAAAAAGUUUAUUGCUGAACACAACCAUGAUAUGGUAGAGAGUUGUGGAGAAAAAAACAUUUGGCUUCACAUAGACAGAUAGAUAUGCACACUAAGGAGAUGGUAAGGCAUCUAAGAGAGAACAAUGUUAGCCUUACAAGAGUAAAUUUAGUUAUGGGUAGCUUGUUUGGCUCAAUGGAUAAAGUUCCUUUCAGUAAGAAGACACUGAGAACUGUUUGUUCAAACAUAGCAAAAGAAGCUCUUGUCGAUGAUGUACAAAAAACUUUGCAGUCAUUUAGGGAAAAGAUAUCCAGAGAUCCUAGGUUUGUUUUCACAGCAGAGUUAGAUGUGGACAACAUACUUAAUUCACUAAUGUGGACCAGUGGUAGAAGCAGGUCACUGUACCAGCAUUUUGGAGAUGUCAUAACUUUUGACACGACUUAUGAGACUAACAUCUA